AGAGGGAGAGGGAGGGAGAGAGAGAGAACAUACAGAGAUGGAGCUUUGAAUUGGUGGAUUCUUGUAUGGGAUAGCCAAUAACCGUUAACUUUCUUCCCAUCAAGAUUCUCCAGUUAUCUUUCUUGCUCGGCCGAUCUCUCCCGGCCAACUUUUCUUCUUUGCUUUCCGAAGCCAAGAAUCUCUUUCUAUUUUUCCCUCUAUCAAAAACUAUCGCUUUCCUUUCCCCAUCAGAGAUUCCCAGUUUCUUUACUUUCUCAAAAACACAGGCUUUAUCAGCAAUGAUGCCAUUGUUCUUCCGCCUAUCUCUCUCUGCUACCCUUCUUUUUUCUUUCCCAGAGGCCACUUUCUCUCUCUAUCUCUCUCUCUUAGUCCUUUUCAUUUUACGCCUUUGCUUUAAACGCCGGUGGCAAAUCUAUACAUACGUUCCCAAACCCCACCAAUUAUGUCCUCCUCAGGGAACGUCAACCACCUCUCUCAGCCGUGUAUUUAUGGUAUGAAGCUAGAAAAAAGAGUACCUCCUUUUCCGGUUAUGGAAUCACUUGGUUUUUGGGUUUAAUGAAUAACAUCUAGAAACUGUUUGAUGAUAUGCCUGUAUGAAUCUCAACUGUAAAAUAUCCAUUAACGGAACAUCUCUCUCUCCUCCAGUUAGUUUUUGAUUAGCUUCUGGAUUUUGUUAAUACCAUAGUAUUGCUAAAAAAGUGCUUCUAUAUAUGAGAAGUUUGUCUUUGAAUCAGAUAGAGAGGAAGUCCUGGUUUAUGAGAUGGCUGAGUAAGCUUUUCAAAGGUGGCUCUAAUCGUGGGCAGGUUGGAAGUACCCAUCGGCCUCCACAGUUUAUCGGAGACGAAAGCAUGGUUUUGCGUGCUCCUGUUAGAUCCUUGGACAAUCGCGCAAGGACUGAUAAAGAGAAGGAAGAAAUAGAUCGAGCAAUUGCACUGUCUUUGGCCGAAGGUUUGAAGAAACCAAACGGAUACGGGUGGAGACCAAACAAUGAAGCUGAUCUUGCAAAAACAGUUCAGGAUGACCAUCAUCCGUCAUAUCCUCCAUAUGUUCCGAGAGAAUAUCCACCUGUGGGAUAUAGAUUAUGUGGUGGCUGCAAUCGCGACAUCGGUUAUGGAAAUUAUUUGGGAUGCAUGGGGACCUUUUUCCAUCCCGAAUGCUUUUGUUGUCGUGCCUGUCGUUACCCGAUCAAAGAACACGAGUUCUCUUUAUCAGGGAAGGAUGCAUACCAUAAGUCCUGUUUCAAAGAGCUAACACAUCCCAAGUGUGAAGUCUGCUUUCAAUUUAUUCCUACAAAUGGAGCUGGAUUGAUCGAGUAUCGAUGCCACCCGUUCUGGUCCCAGAAAUACUGUCCUGCACACGAGCAUGAUAACACAGCGCGAUGCUGUAGUUGUGAACGAUUGGAGUCUGUGAAUGCAAGAUAUGUAUCUUUGGGAGAUGGCCGGAGUUUAUGUUUAGAAUGUAUGGAAUCUGCGAUUAUGGAUACCGGUGACUGUCAACCGCUUUACCACACCAUUAGGGACUACUAUGAAGGAAUGAACAUGAGACUUGAUCAACAGAUUCCCAUGUUACUUGUCGAAAGACAAGCCCUUAACGAAGCUAUUGUUGGCGAGAAACAUGGUUUCCAUCAUAUGCCGGAGACAAGGGGUCUUUGUCUUUCUGAAGAGCAGACUGUUGCAAGUAUACUCAGAAGGCCAAAAUUCGGAGGUCAUGCUAUGAUAGGAAUGAGAACCCAACCGCAAAAAUUGACUCGAAGAUGUGAAGUUACAGCAAUUCUUGUUCUUUACGGCCUCCCGAGAUUAUUAACCGGUGCCAUUCUUGCUCAUGAGUUGAUGCAUGGCUGGUUACGUCUUAAAGGGUAUCGAAACCUUAAUCCCGAGGUAGAAGAAGGUAUCUGUCAGGUGCUUUCGUAUAUGUGGCUUGAAUCAGAGAUCAUGCCGGGAUCAACGUCAGCAGCUCCGUCCACAUCUUCUUCCUCGGUUUCAAAGAAAGGUGGAAAGUCAAGGGUGGAGAAUAAACUGGGUGAGUUUUUCAUGCAUCAAAUAGCGCACGACGCAUCACCGGCAUACGGAGGAGGAUUCAGAGCUGCUAAUGCAGCUGUGAAUACAUACGGUCUGCGUCGUACCCUCGAUCACAUUCGCCUAACCGGAAACUUUCCCCUGUGAUUGUGAUUCAUUCCUCUGCUUUUGCUCGAGUAUUUGGAGGUUUACUAAAUAGUCCUUCGAGGAUUGAGUUGAC